AUUAUCCUUUGUUUUAUAGAAUACAAGUAUUAAAAAAUAAUGCUCAUACCUUGUUGGUGUUUUAUAUUAAGUUCACGAUAAAGUUUAAUGAGAGUAAUUUAAAGAAGAUAACAAGAAAGAGAAAUUUGUAUUACUUGUGAAACUAUGUUGAAACCAAAAGCAUUAACACAAGUACUUAGUCAAGCUAAUACCGGCGGCGUAGAAAAUACAUUAUUAUUAAAUAGAGAUGGUGGUUUAUUAGCUUACAGUGGUUAUGGAGAUAAAGAUGCAAGAGUAACUGCUGCUAUUACAAGUAAUAUUUGGUCAGCUUAUGAAAAAAAUGGACGAAAUGCAUUUAAGGAAGAUGAAUUGCAAUUUGUAUUAAUGGAUUGUGUGGAGGGCAAAGUUGUUAUUACUGAAGUUGCUAAUUUGUUGUUAUGUUUGUAUGCAAAAGAAAAUGUGGGAUUUGGUUUACUAAGAGAAAAAGCACAAGCUUUAGCAAGAUACCUUGAUCAACCACUAAAAACAAUAGCAAAUAUGCCUUAAUCAAUGUUUAAACAUAUAUCCAAUUAUGUUGUAAAAUUUAGUUUUAUAUUUUAAUAUUUAUAAUUUAUUGUAAAGUAAAUUGAUACUUGGUACUGUCUUGUAAAUAAUAUAUUUUCAAUUAAUAAAAAACUUAUGUAAUCAUUUA